GUCAGUUUCUGGGCAGUGAGGGAGAUAUUGACGGCUCAAACAUUGAAAAUCCGAGCAGAAAUAUUGGGCCACUUCAUCAAAAUUGCCAAGAAACUCCUGGAGCUGAAUAACCUCCACUCUCUGGUGUCGGUGGUCUCUGCUCUUCAAAGCGCUCCUAUCUUCAGAUUGAGCAAGACCUGGGCACUGAUCAGUCGAAAGGACAAGGCCACCUUUGAGAAGCUCGACUUCCUGACGUCAAAAGAAGAGAACUACAACCGCAUGAGAGAGUACACCAGGUCCCUCAAAAUGGCCCCCUGCAUCCCCUAUCUAGGUAAGUGUUAUAAAAAAGAUCACAUCUGUACUUGGGUUAAUGGUAUUUUGUAGACUCCAUUCCCUCAUAUCAUGACAACAUCCAGCCAGAAAUGUCUUGAGAGAUUUACUGUAUUUAUAAAUUAUUUUUAUUGUGGGGUUGUAAAAAAUAAGACUGUAAAUAAAGCUGAAGAUGCUUCAUUUGAACAGAAGAAUAAUUUGGGUCAGGGAAAGGAAUGAAUCAUGGCCCACUGAGCUUAGCCAGGCUUAUAAUGUUGACUCAUUCAAUUACUUCAGUAUAAUAGCUUUUACUUGUGAUAAGGAUAUUUUAAGUUGUGUGAGCAGCCCAUUAUAUUUUGUUGGCCUUAUCUCAUUUGCACUUUGUUUGGUGACCAGCAGAGGGUGUUUCAUUAUACCACUCUGGUUCAGUGAUGAUUGAGAAAUGU